ACAGAGGAAGUGCGGGUUUUCAUUGCUUCAGCUGUUGUGCCGCAAAGUUAAGGCAGUCACUGCCAACGUUAACAGUGGAGGGACUCAUUUCUAGCGUCGCGCUAAACACCAACUUUAACUAAAUGAUCAUUUAUUAACUCGUUUGGGACAUAUUUCAGUUGAAUCGAAACUCAAGUGUUUUGCUUGGAGAAAAAAAAUGUCCAAAUCAGACUGUAAAGCCGCACAAGAAAUGACAGAGGCGAUGGAAACUACGAUGCAGAGACUUCAGGAGAGGUUCCUGGCCAUAUCUGAACAGCUGGAAUCAAGAAUGGAUCAGAUGGGGACUCGCAUUGAUGACCUGGAGAAGAAUGUAGUUCAGCUCAUGACGCAAGCUGAUAUGGAAGAUCAGUCCAGUUCAAAGUGACUGUUGACAGGCUGUCUUUAUCUGUCUUUGGGGCAUCACGGUGUUGUGGGAACAGCUUUUUCAAGUAAUUGGGUUUAGGUCUGGAUUGACUGGCCUAUUGUAAUAAAUGGACAUGCUUUAAUCUAAACCCUUCAGUUGUAGCACUAGCUGUAUGUUUAAGGAUGUUCUGCUGGACGUUGAACCUCUGCUCUCAGGUUUUCUUCCAGGUUGCUCUGGAUAUAACUUCAGCCAUCUUCCAAUCAAUAUCAGCUUCCCUAUCCUGCCAAAGAAAAGCAUCCCUGCAAAAUGAUGAUGCCAUGAUCAUGUGUCACAAUGGGGGUGUUUGUUUUUCACUAUACAGUGUUUUGGUUGAAAGUUCAAGUUUGGUCUCAUCUGACCAGAGCAUCUUCAGCGAUAUAUUGUUCCACUGUUUAAGCUUCACCUACAUAUACAGAUGCAGUUAGGAGGUGCAUCAGCUUCAAUCCCUGUUAUACAACCUCUGGUAAAUAUGUCACACUGGUGCUCUGUAACAGUCCUGCUUUGAAUGGACUUUCAUUAAAAAGGGUUUUUGUUUUCACUGCUUCCAAAUGGUUUUAACAUUUUUAUUUUGAUAUAUUUCAGGAUAUGUUAAAUGUUCUCUACAAUAUAUAUUCUGUAUUCUGUUCUUUGUAAUAAAGUUUGGCACUUUUUUAGGACUCUAAAAAGUUGAUUGAAUCUUCUAAAAUGUGGAUAUUUCAUUAAAUCUCCACUGCAAUUCUGUA